UGCUCUGGACGAAUAAUUUUUUACUGGAUGUAGAUGGAACACACACCGUUACUUCUUUGCGGGCUACCGUAGGGGAACACUGUCUGCGGCACGUGCGGCAUAGCAAAAACCUCGAAGAACAAGACAGUGACGAGGGGAGAAGAAGAAAAGCGUAGAGUGAGAGCGCGCGAUCCAAACACGUAACUUCCGAUGGAUGCUACCGAAUCACAAACGGAUCUGCAUAACCGACCCGGAAUCUUCUUCAUCGGAUCCUCCAACGUCGGCAAACGCACCCUCCUAUCCCGAUUGACCUCUGUUGAUGUUGAAGAUGCUUUUGAUUCGGCUUCUGAAGUGAAUGUGCAAGGGUGGACCAUCAAUAAUAAGUACUAUACUGCUGAUGUUUCCAUAUGGAUGGCUCAUCUUAAAGAUGAUUUUUCUGCCGGAAACAUGCCUGUGUUACAACAAAUGACCGCGUUGGUGAUGGUUUUUGACAUGAAUGAACCAUCUUCCCUGGCUGCACUUAGGGAAUGGGUAUCUCACACUGAUAUUCAGAACUUUGAGAUAUUGCUGUGUAUUGGAAACAAAGUGGACCUGGUUCCUGGUCAUCCAGCUCAUGCUGAAUACAGAAGACGGUUGCUGAAACUCGAAGACUCUGCUUCAGAUCGUUAUUCGGAAGAGUAUGGAAUAUCUGAAUCAGAGGGAACUAGCUUAUUGGGGGAUGAAGAACCAUCGUGGGACAUCAGAAGGUCCUGUUUGGAAUGGUGCACUGAUCACAAUAUUGAGUUCAUCGAGGCAUGUGCUUCCAAUGCUGAUUUUGACAGAUGCUUGUCCAUUGAUGGUGAUUUACAGGGAGUUGAACGUCUAUAUGGUGCACUUUCAGCUCAUAUGUGGCCUGGAAUGGUAUUGAAAUCAGGCGAUAGGAUAAAUCAACCAUCAUUUCCUGAGAAAGAAGAGUUAUCUUCAGAGGAAUCCGAUUAUGAACCAGAGUAUGAAGUUUUAUCAGCUGGCUCAGCUGAUCUCUGGGAUGAAAAUGAACAAGGAUGGGUUUCUGCUCCUUCCUUUGAUGAAGGGGGUUCGACUUCUCAAAACAAUCCCAGUGCAGAUGGUCAACAUGAGGAUGGAAUUAAAACUGAUAAAGAAUCUCAGCCCAUAACCUCAAGCAAUGCAAUCAAGGAUGAAAGUGGCCAGAAUGUGGUGCACAAUAUCAUGGAUUCUGAAGGAGAUGAGAAGGCAGACAAUGGUAAAUGUCUUGACUUAGAGGAUUUGGAACAGUUGAUGUCUGAGAUUGGGAAUAUGCGUGCAGGCUUAAGAUUGAUGCCUGAUUUUCAAAGAAGGGAAAUGGCUGCAAAGCUAGCUAUGAAAAUGGCUUCUAUGUUUGGAGGAGAGAGUGAUGAAGAGGAAAUUUAGAUGAUGAUGGAUGCUAGCUCAAUGAUUCAAUUAUGUAGGUGUAAGGAAUGUCAUUUCAGCACACUUUUGUACGAGCCAUCACAUGGAACGAGAUGAGCAACCUCAGUUUGCACAAGGAUCAGGGGUUCCUUCAUGCUCCCGCACUCUGCUACUCUUGCUCACUGCUGAAUGCUGAUCAUGAUUUAAGACCAGUUACUCCUGUGUUAGUCAUACACUGUUUAAUAGUCUAUAUUUUAAGGAGCAGGACAUUUUGUUUAAAUUUUCGAGGUAAUUAGGGUGGUGGUUGUGGUAGUGACGUGGUUACUUGCUGCAAUUUGUUAAUGGGAAAAUUGACUGAAAAACACAAUUAGCGUUUUAACUAGAUGGCCAAAAUGACAAAUGGUCUACCUCGUUGAUUAUUUUCUUCAGGAAUAUGGAUAGAUAAGUUGGCUUAUGUGUCAUUGUUUACAACUCUCUUAUAGAAUAAAGAGAUCCAAGUAGAUUUUGACUGUGAAUUCUAUUCGUGUUUAGAUAUUUACUAAACCAGUUACUGUAUGGAAGUAGAAGGAAAGUUACAGUCA